AAACAGGUAUUUCUAUUUUUCAACAAUUUUUGAAAUAUCCUGAUACUAUAUGUUAUAUAUUCAAUAUUCUUGAUUGGUAUAUUUUCAUCAUUUGCCUUUAUUGAUUUAAUUAUUUUUAUAAGUAACAAGUACGUACAUCUAGCGUAAUUGAUAAAAUAAAAAUCAAGGAAAUUAUGCAAAAUAUUACAAGGAACAGGACGCCUAUAUUAAAUAAAAUUAAAAUAGUAUGCUAAAUUUUAUAAUCAAAUAGCAAUAUUAUAAAAAAUUAAAGACAAUAUUUUCAUGCAUAAGUGUGUGAAAAAAAUUAAUAAAGCGACGUACAAAAGUGGAACUGAACGAAACAAUAGGAACAGUUUCAUGAAUCAAAAAUUCAGUUAAUCAACCUUGAAUUUAGUUCGCAUGUCUGGGUACGUCUAUGUUACAAACAUUACAAAUUCGUAUUUUUUCGCAGACUACCGAUAAGAGUUUUUUUCGUCAUAGCGCUAAUUUGUGAUCCAGAUAUACAACAUAAAUUACAUUGAGCUGUUUGUUAUAACUUCGUAAAAAAGUAAAGUAAGACUUGUCAAAAUUGCGUAACGUUAUUUUAUCAAUGAAUAUACGACCAAUGCGCAGUGUACUAAAUUUAAACGUAAUCGUUAGCGCGGUGCGGAAAUGCAGCAGCGUUAACUUAAAAAAUUUUUCAACGAUAGCGAAAGAAUGCGUUGAAAUAAAAAUUCCAGUUCCAUGGGGUCACAUAGCUGCAAAAUGGUGGGGAUCCCAGAACGAACGCCCAAUUUUGAGUUGCCACGGUUGGCAGGACAACAGUGGAACUUUUGACCGCUUAAUACCCUAUCUCCCAUCGGACGUAAGCCUUUUAGCCAUAGAUUUUCCAGGCCAUGGAUAUUCUUCCCGCUUGCCAUUGGGAAUGUGGUAUAACGGAAUGGAUUAUAUUGUCGUUUUGGAAAGGAUAGUGGAUUAUUUCAAGUGGCCCAAAGUAUCGUUAAUGGGCCAUUCUUUAGGAGCAAUUCAGUCCUAUCUUUAUUCAGUACUUUUUCCGGAACGAAUUGAGUUCCUCAUUUGCUUAGAUGCCUUUCACCCUUUUCCUACUGACGACUACAAAACAGAAGACUUUCGCAAAAAUAUAACACGUUAUCUCAAAUACGAUAAUCUAUGUGCAUCAAAUACCGAACCACCCAGUUACACCCCUGCAAAAUUAUCGGAAAUUUGGCACGAAGGCAGUCGUAAAUCAGUAGAUGUGGAAAACUGCAAAUAUAUAUUAGAAAGAAAUGUUAUGCCUUCGAAGACGAAGCCAAAUCACUUUUAUUUUACACGCGAUCCGAGAUUAAAAAUUGGUGUAAAACACUCAUUUUCACAGAAACAAAUUGUAGAACAAGCUUCCAGAGUGCGUUUUCCAAUAUGUGUUUUUAAAGCUAACGAUAACGAUUUCUCUAGUGCUAGCCCGCUUACGUAUCAGCUUUUAGAUAUUAUUAAAGAAAAUACUAAAGAUUAUUAUUUUCUCGAAGUGGGAGGAACCCAUCAUGUUCACUUAAAUAAUCCAGAAAGAGUGGGUCCCCACAUUCACAAUUUUAUUAAAAAGUAUUAUUCGUGUAAUCUUCAAGCUGAGGAACAUCUUUAAUGUAAAUUUUAAUUAAAUUAAUUAAUAGCAAAUGUUAUGAUGCUGGAUCAUCGUUAAGGUUUUUUGUGAUUAAUAAAUGUUGUACAUA